AUGUCUCAUUUUUUGAUAAACCCCCUUUUGUACCAUUGUCCUGAACCUGAGAAUUUGAUCAAUAUUUUGUGCUGUUCAAGCUCUUCAUUGCCUGACAUAGAGAAGAUUGAAGCUUUAACAGUUUUAAUCAACGAACUUCCAGAUAGAUCACAUUUAGCUAAAGAAGAGUCAGUUAUAUGGGAUCAAUAUAUGGCACUUUUACAAAUCGCAAUUGCAAAAGAUGGAGGCAAGGACUGCUGUCUAGGCGCAGUGUCUGUCAGUGUAUGUCAGACUGAUAGGCUACCUGAGCAGGUGUGUCAUAUUCUUCUACCUGUGCUAACGAUGAGAGAUGACAGAAGUCAUGAAACCAGCAGGUUUGAUAUGUUGCCAUUGAAGUUACAACAGUGUACAUCCAGCAUCCCAUACGACCAAGAUAUCAUUUUUAGGACAGUCUGGCACACUUCGAUGUGUUUAAACCUCUCAGACUACAGGGUGCCUAAAAUCAUAGUUCGGAUCCAGUUCACUACACUCAAGUCCUGCAAUAAAGAGGCAGAAUCAGACGUCCUGCUUCACGGAUGAGAGGAUUUACUGUCAUGGCAUCAGAGUGAUCGGACAGAAUCGGUCUCAGCGCGGGUUCUGCUGUGUUGCACUGUUCUAUCUGAUCACCUCUACUCUCUGGAAAACGAUCUGUGGGCUGUUUUCGCCUUCCUGGUUGCUCUGUGUGUAUCAGCGCAUGUAUCAGAAUCAUCCUACUUUUGCCCUGGCAUUCUCACAGAUCAGACAGGAAGUUUGCCUGAUCCAGGAGUGAUCCUGUGUGAUAUUGCUGAUCAAGGUGUCCUGAACUCCCAUUCUGAGGCCAUAAAAUCACUCUACUCAUUGGCAGGUUACAUUUACACUUCAUCACCUUCAUCAUCGUCUUGCAAGCAUCUCAACCAGACAUUACUGAAGCCCAAAGGUGCACCUGAAACCUCAAAGUUUGUUGGGUCUGCUGGGCCACUUCAGGCCCCUGAAGUCCUGUGGGCAGCGGUGGAGACUCUGGCAUUACUGCCCAGUCAACUGGUGCUGCCAGAGCGGGACUUCAUGGCUUCAGUCCUACCAAAGAAGGUGGUUCAGGUCCUGAGCACAAACCCUCAUGACUUCUGCUCCACGCUGCAGGGGUUUGUGCAGUUAAUUUUUCACCAAGGGCUUCUGCAGCUGACGGAGGAACAGAACCCCAGAAUCAUGGCCUCCAUACAACAGUCUGGAUGUCUGAUAGGUGAGAUGGAGCAGGUAGAGCGCUGGGCAGAAGUUCAGAAGAAAAUCACCCCAUGGAUGCUUGUUCAGGAGCAGGAGCCUGAGCUCGUAGCCCAGCAGAGGGCAGCACAUUUGGGCAAACUCACCAGCCUGGUCGCAUCUCCCAUCAACAAGCCCACUAAUCUUGGCAGUCUAUGCCGGAUAUGUGAGAUCUUCACGGCCAAAGCUCUGAUACUGGAUUGUCUUCACCAUGUUCAUGAAAAACAAUUCCAGGUGCUCAAUAUGUCUUCAGAGUUGUGGCUGACAUUGCUGGAGGUGUGUGAGUGUUUAUGGUAGAUACCCAGAUAUAGAUUCCCUGCCUGUUUGAUCUUGCCAUUGUCCAAAACUAUUAAAAACCUUCAAAGGAAAUUUGUCAAGUGCAGUCCUUUAAGUAUCUCGGAAU